AUGCGGACGCCGGUGGUGAUGACGGUGGGCAUGGUGCUGGCGCCCUGCGCCCUGCUGCUCAACCUGGUCAGCACGCUGGCGCCCGGCUGGCGGCUGGUGAAGGGUUUCCUGGACCAGCCGGUGGACGUGGUGCUAUACCAGGGCCUGUGGGACAUGUGCCGCGAGCAGAGCAGCCGCGAGCGUGAGUGCGGCCAGCCGGACGAGUGGAACUACUUCACGGCCGAGCCCGUGCUCGUGGCGCGGGGCCUCAUGGUCACAUCGCUGGCCACCACGGCCCUGGGGCUGCUGCUGGCGUCGCUCGGAGUGCGCUGCUGGCGGGACAAGCCCCACUUCGUGCUGGCCGGCCUCUCGGGCCUCGUGCUCUUCGCCGCGGGCCUCUGCAGCCUCAUCCCCGUCUCCUGGUACAGCCACUUCUUGCGGGACCGCGACGUGCUGCCCGCGCCGGCCAGCCCGGUCACGGUGCACGUCAGCUACAGCCUGGUGCUGGGCUACCUGGGCAGCUGCCUGCUGCUGCUGGGCGGCUUCUCGCUGGGGCUCAGCUUCGCGCCCUGGUGCGAGGAGCGCUGCCGUCGCCGCCGCAAGGCGUCCGGCGCCUACCCGCGCCGCAGCAGCAUCAGCACCGUGUCCGUCGACUGGCCCGAGCCGGCCCUCACGCCCGCCAUCAAGUAUUACCCUGACGGCCAGAACCGGCCUCGGGGCGCCGCCAGCAAGCGCGAGGUCGGCUUCCGCAUGCCGCGGCCGCCGCCCAAGGCCUACACCAACCCGGUGGACGUGCUCGGCGGGGAGGCGGCCGCCGAGUCCCACGGCGCCUCCUCGCACACCACCAGGCCCUACCACAGCUCGCUGCCCUGCGACUCCGACCUGUAA